GCAACGCUUCUAGGUCGAUUCGACUUUUUCCAGGCUCAUAUUACUUCCAGGACAGCCCUUCGCUCAUUACGGCUCACCGUCCAUUCCACUCGUUAACAUUUUCAUCUGUCAUUACUGCUGUAGUUCUUAUCGCUACGGCCGCCAUUUAGUUCUCACGAUUGCCAGCAUAUUUUCAACAGGAGGCGAAACGUGAUUGAUUUCUCCGAUCGUUUUACAGUCAGUCAAUCACCAACGAAGACAUCGAAACCUCGGACUGCUGCGUCACGCGAGACUAGCAGUUUAACCACGAUCGACACCCACUCAGUCAACCGGAUCUGACGGUCACGGACUGUCUACCUUAUCCGUCGUAAAUUGGCUUUUACGACCUCUUCUUGAUCGACAUAUUGUUUCUUCGUUCAAACAAGCCUAAAGUCAAACACCAUGCAUUCCACGCAACUUAUUCAGGUCCUGGCGGUGGCCUUGACAACAUUCUCUGUCGCCCACGCAUCUAUCGCUGGUCCUCAGGCGCCGAGAAUACCACAAUUUCAUGAGAUUGUGAAGAGGCAAUCCGGGUCAGAAUCCAGUUCUUCGGCGAGCCCAACAAGGUCCUCGUCUACCUCAUCGGCUAGGCCUACGUCAACCUCGACUACUUCGUCAACAACUAGCCGCGAGACAAGCACAGCUCCUGCUCCGACUACUCCUAACACACCAACACCGACCUCGACAACACCCGGUCCAACUACGCCUACUCAGUCUUCGUCGGCGCCAUCCACAACUUCUCAACAACAAAAUACGACACCCGCACCAUCGGAGAGCUCAGUCACGUCUAGAACUACUUAUACGACUGUCAUCACCACCACCAACAGCGAUGGCUCGAUUUCCACCCAGACCAGCCAGAUCGUCCAGGAAACUACUGUGCCCAGCACUAACAACAACGAUAACAAGGGUAUGGACGAGAAGCAGCGCAAUACUAUCAUCGGAGCUGUCGUCGGUGGUGUCGGUGGUGCUAUCGUCUUGGCCGUUAUUGGUCUGGUUGCCUGGCGUAUCUGGGGCCGUAAGAAGAACCAGGAGGAGGUUGACAACUCUUUUGGGACCUCUGCAUACAACGUCGCUGAAAAGCCCGAACCGGUUGCUGGUUCGACCAACAGCCGUACGCCUUUCCAGAGCACUCUGGAGAGCUACCACGCGCCCACUCAGGUCAACACGGCCUCCAACUUCUAAAAAAAAACACAAAAAAAAAGUCAUCGACGAGCGGUUAGCAGCAAGCACUGCGAUCGCGGAGAAGCUAGCAAUCAGUACGUCAGUGUUUUUACCGAAACACUGCCUACAGGUGAAAUGAUACGAUACCCCUGUGUAUAGAAUUUCUACCGGAGCUCAUUUCAUCACUCAUUGUCGAUAAACGCCGAUUUACAAGUCAGAACCCUACACACAAAAAGAGAGUUGAUACUCUCGUAUUCUAGUUUGCAUGGUUGCGGCAGCAUCGCGGGAUAUUUCACUUUUCAUAAUCUGUUUAAAUGGCGAGAAUAGCUUCGGUGUACAUUUUUUUUCUUUUCCUUCAAACAAGAAUUUAUGGGCUUAGUUCCCCGCAAAACAAUAUGCAAAUCGCUCAUGCGGCGCGUGUGCUCAACUUGGUUCAUCUUUGAACACAUUGGACUUGUUUUCAUGUUAGCAAUCUAUUUCAUACAUGUCUCUGGAUGCCUCGGACAAGGUGGAUUGGAAGAUGGUGGGACGCUCUCGUAAGCAAUGACUAUUGGAGAGUCUUGAUUGCGCGAGUCCGGAUGAGUUGGGUGUGUUGUAUCUGCCCCUUUCUGUUAUUAUUCAUUUAAUAUCAACCGUCAUAGUUUACGGACUUUUACUUCAGCUUUUUAGUUAAAGAAAAAAAAUCUUUCUAGAUGAACGGAAAAACAAAAUAAACUAUAACCAGUUUUCUCGAUUCGUAGCUUGCAAAACAGAAAUCCCGUGGCUACAGGGAAAAAACUUGGGGGUCUUAUACUCGGCACGGUCUCAAGUUCGUUUCAUGUGGUGGAGUGAUUCAGACGAAAGGAAGGGGACUUUGGAUGGCAGCGUUCGACAUUCAUUUUAAACUUCUACACUCUCUCUGCCACUAUAAUUCCAUUGUCAAAAGCCUUAUUUUAGUAUUUGAAGCGUCACUGUUUGCGAUAAUUAUUUUGGUGAUUUUUGACUGCGAACACUAGUCGCUAGUGGCCCAACGAACCCAUCCCGAGACACGAUACCUCGAAAAGAACCGAACGAAAACCCCCCCAAGAGUCACGACAAAAACCAAAGAACAUGUUCACCACUCGACUCAUAUCUGCAACAGCAGUUCUCAUGGCGCUGGUUGCAGGACCUCUCGCGGCAUCAUUACACCUCGCCGGAGGCGACUUCAGAAUGGGCGUCAUUUACCCGCGGCAACAAGUGACAUCGCUGCAUUUUUUUGACAAGGCGUUGGGCGGCGCUAAAGCACAGGAUAUAACGCAGUCCAGUGACGAGAAGAGGCCUUUCCAAGUAGGCGAUGAUACUUUUACCGACUUCAAAUCCGCGGCUGACAGGUCCUGCGACAACCAAAAGAAUUCGUGUGCUGAGCUGUCAAACAACAAGAAGAUCGACUCGAGCGUGAACGAGUGCGACCAACAAAACACAGAGUGCAAGUCGGCAGCGGCGACGGCAACACAGACGGCCUUUAACUCACUGUCAAAACUGUCUUCGCCAAAGAUACAGUCUCCUCCUGGAGCUACAGCCCAGGACAAUACGAGAGACCACAGGGCCCUCCCCUCGUCCUCGCCGACAUCACCCGCCGUAUCGACCACCUCAACCGCUGACGGCGACGGUUCCCCCAUCCUACCGCCUCUUCAAGCACCAAGACUGCCAGACCGUGUGCAGCAGCUGCUGAGGACACCGCCACGCAGCAGGGGUGAAGACAGAAAUUACGUGACCACAAGCUGGGGCUCGCCUUACCCCAAGUCCGAGACUUCGGACCGUCUGAGCAGUCUGAGUAGCGCCUCCUCGGCAGAUUCCUCACCCGGACAUCACUUGGAAAUCCAGACGCCGUUCCUGAGACUGCCACCAUCAUUCGCGGAGGAGUCUCCCACGGAACAGAAUCAGCCGUCCUUCGUGAGCGCUGCGAUCCUUGCCAAUAGAGCCCGUCGGCCAGCGAGAGGUCUUACAGAAGACUGGAUCCGUCAACACACCGCAGCAGGUGACGGGAGUGCCGAAGCACGACAUUGGCUCAGUGACGGUGCCGGAGAUAGCGAGAACUCUUCACUGAGCGGAUCUAUCUCUGGUGAGGAAGCCGCGUGGUUCGACGAAAGCGAUUUGAAAACGCCAAGGGCCACAACUAGUGCGCCCCGUUUUCCGAGAACACACCAGAAGUAUCCUAGAACACGGUCUAGUAACGAGACCUUGAAGCAAGCAGACGUGCAUCACUUGUCCAGGGUAACAUCCGCAACGAUGGCUUCCGAAAGCGAAUCCAUUAGCCCUGACGGGAUGAUGGCAACAAAUAUCACAGAAAAGGCUCUGCCCGAGCCGCCGUCAACGCCCAAGUUGCCAGAGGCAACCAUGAUGAACGGAAUUGGGAGCAGUCCACUUGUUGAAAAAAGACUACCGCAAACCCCUAAGAAAUCACCGACGAAACAGCUGCCGCCAGCGACACCUAGACUUAAGAAGAAGGUGCCUUGGAAGGGAAAGAACAUUAUGAUUCUUCUGCCCCGCGAUGCUGAUAGAGGCAAGCCUGGCCACGCACCAAUGCCACUGAAUGAGCAAGAUGUGGCAGGUAUCAUGAAAUCUUGGGAGGAACUUGGUUACAGCACAAAAGGAUUCCACUUGGACGACACCUUGGGAUUUAUCGAGACUGGCAAUCAGUCGCAAAGCCGUAGGGAGUGGCCUACUUGGGAAGAUCUCGCCAGUGACCGGGAACAGCGCAACUAUAAAGUAACGUUGCCUGACUUGAAUGCCUGGAAAUCUUAUGUGGAGGAGUUGCAAGAGGCAAAACUACGAGCCCUUGGUGUCUCUUUUGGUGAUGAUGACCCUCCAUCAUCGGUUUCACCGGCACCCAUCAGUCGCCAACCAUCUGUGACGCAUUAUCCACCACUUCCCUUCUCGCCACCCCUGCCAACGUCUUCGGCGGCAAGCAAUGGAGGAUUUCCCUUUCCGGCAUCUUUCUUGGGAUCGGGUGCGCCAAGCCCUGGCAUUCCAUCCGUGCCGUCCCCAGUAUCUUUCAAUGGCAGGUUCCCUCGCCAAUCUAUCUCGAUACCUGCAGGAGCCUUCCAUAUGAAUGGAGGUCUUCCUAGUCCGCAUGGUUAUUCUCCCCAGUCGAUGUUCCAUCACGGGCAUGCCAGAGGUGGAUCGCCGUCUUUGGCCAAUCUUAGCUCAAUGAUGUCGCCCACCUCACCGUUCCAGCCCGAUCAUUAUGUCCCGCCUAUGCACACACGCCAUCAGUCGAUGCAGUACCCAAUGCUUGGUCAUCAAGUGUUCCAAGGUGCUCGUGCUUCGCCUCGCCUCCAGGAGCUACGCGAAGACGACGAAGAGCCUGAAGAGCGGCCACCAAUUAAGCCACUUGAUGUGGACUUGGGCUCUAUCAAUAAGACCGGUGAGACCUUGCAGGGCGAGAUCGAUGCGGCCGAGUUCGACGGGGCGACGCAAGGUGCAGAGUAUCAUCUUGAAGAGCAGAUGCGUUCGCAGCUCGAACACGACGAGGAUUACAGCCCCCACAAAGAAGCGGACGACAUGGCGCCUACAAUCGAGGCCGGUCUCGCUCAGCACGCUAGGGGGCCAUCUGUGCAGUUUGCCCCGCAAGUUGAACGUUUCCGGGAAGACGGGACAGAUGGCGGAGUUCUUCAUCACCCACAGCCUCACAGCAGAGGACACUCGCUUUCUCAGAAAUACUUUCAAGAACCUGAGGGCGACAGCACGGAUGAUGGUGGAUCUAAAUCUCAGGAAGUCACAUCCGCAAGCGGGAGUGUUCCUCUUCCAGUCCAGAACAUGGAAUUCGAAUUUGGAGACGCGUCGCAGAAACAUCAAUCAAACUUCUCCAUGGCUAGCAACCCCUGGAGUGAGGCGGGAUCUGUCAAAUCCCACGCCUCCCGCAGGCUUGGCCAUAAGAGCCAGGCUUCACUGUCCGGCCUCAACGUGGAGGCUCCAGAAUUCAAGUUUAACCCGGGUGGCAGCUUUCAGCCUUCUCAGUUCAGCUUCACGAGCGAUUCUUUCCAGCCUACCACUGUGUUCCAGGCUGGAACCCCGACCAGUGCACCAAAGGUGCCGCUCUCUGCCGACUCGAGCACAUUCAGCUUCGGCUCAUCCAAUAUUAAUGCGACCGCCCCAGUGUUCUCGCCUGGCCAGAGCGAUUUCAACUUCUCGGCGUCUGGUCCCAAAUUCCGUCCCGACGCGCCAACCUUUACGCCGCUGCACUCAUUCACAAACUCGCUCACAAGUCCACCUCUGUCUGGCAACGAAGGCCCCGGAGGCAAUAUUGGUGGCUCCAUCUUCGGAACCAUCGAACUUAGUGCAUCCGACAUUAUCAAAGCGCCCAAGAAGACCAAGGCUAUCCCGAUCGUACGACCCCAGAGUCGCGACAAGGCCCAAGAGGAAGAAUCUCAAUAUGACGAAGAAGGCAGGGUUGUUGAUGAUACUCGUACCAAACGAGCGAAGGCUCGUUCGGACGAUGGUCAUGAUGUUCCUCUUUUCGCCGAGCCUACGGCGCCGACUCCCAUGACAGAGGCCCAACCAGAGGAUCUUCCUCAGUCCGAUAACAUCCAUGUCGAUGUAAAAUCUGGAGACGAGAACGGCGCUGACACAACCGUCUCCUCUGCGUUCUCUGACAGCCUGAACGCAAAGGCAGCCAACAGCCCGCCGCCCUUGGUGCCACCGCAGACCAGUUCUCUGAACUGGACUCCUUUCGAGUUCAAGCCUCAAGUCGAUGUUCAGGCAUUCAACUCUGCCAGGCCAUUCGGCGAUGACGCAGGCUUUAAGAGGCAGCACAAGAAAACUCUAUCUGCCACUGCUCAGCCUUUCAUCCCAUCAGGCUUCAUGUUCUCAGGGUCCGAGGCCGACACACCAAAGGCCGAGGCUGAUGAAGCAACCGCAGACGAGGCUACUGCAGACGAAACCGAACAAGAGACUGUUGAUGAGCCAGAAGCUCAUGUUACAGACAGCGACAAUGCGGAGGAGGAGACUCUGGAGGAAGCAGUGGAGGCGGAGCCAGCUGUUACUUCAGAACUGUCAAAUGGGACGGCGGAUAUCGAUACGGUCCAGCCCGUAGCUGCUCCCACGCCUCCGGCUGUCAAGAAGGGAUUGUCAGCAUCACGAUACGCCGCUUCGCCUUCUCCCCCGCCUCAGCGCAAGGUUUCUGGCUUGUCUGCUUCACGCUACGCUGCGUCGCCUCCACCGGCUUCCGAAGAGGAUAAUGUGAAGGAUCAAAUUCGUGUCCCGACCGAGCGUGGCCAGCCUCUGCUUAUUACGCCACCGGCAGUUGAAGAUUUACGUAACAAGGUUGAGCCCCCUGAGCAGACACCAGCCAGUGAACGCGCCGGUGCCACCUUUGAGGAGAUUGACGACAUCAUGCGGUACAUCAACAAUGACCCAUCGCACGGAGUCAACAGGACAAUUGAUUCCGCCCAAUGGCACCAACCCAGUCCCAAGCGACACAUUUCUCUUGCUGCGGUUACCAACAAUUCACCUCUCCAUCUUGCUCCUCAUGAGGUGUUCCGCAGCGAUGCUCCUAGCCCGAGCCCAGCACGUCACCGCCUCGAGUCUGUCGACGCUCAACAGCCUAUUCUCUCCACUGAGCUGGAGGAUCCGUUCGUCGAUCAACCAACUGGGUCGCAGUUCUCUGGCUCGAACAUUCACCAUCUUCAAGGCAGCGAGACCGCCCCAGAUAGUGACUGGGAGAGGGCUUUCAGCGAUGAACAGCACGAGAAGCUGGAAUCGAGGGUCAACUUCUUCGAUGGCCAUGUUAAUGAAGUUGUUGGCAGGCUACUAGCCAGCCGCCUCCGGCCUCUGGAGAAGGCACUGGACAGUAUUCAGCAUGCCGUUUCGGGGAGGCGGCCCACAUCUAGCAGGAUGGACCGCCGCAGCGCAUCUGUUGACAUACAGCACAGCGAUGCUGAUGAUGAAGAUGAAGAGGUGCCUGCUGUUAGACGCUCAAUGAGUCCACGCCGCGACCGGCGCCUUGACCAAAUACGCACUGCCGUUAUGGAGGCUCUUGCUAUUCAACAGCGGAACACUCUCCCAGUCCCUCCUAAGACUGAGUCUGACGGGGAGAUGUCCGAAGUUAGGAAGGCCAUUGAGGAGAUGAGGGAGCAGUUCGGAAAAUCACUUCACCUCGACUUCCGUGGCGAAGAUCUUCGGAACAUUGUUGAGGACGCGGUCGAGCGUCGCAUGGUACCUACGCCACAGCCUGUCGCCGUCAAGGGUCAGGAGGAUCUUAGUGAGCAGUUCAACGAGCUCCGAGCCAAGGCUGCAGACUUGGAACAGCGUCUCCGCCUGGAGGAGUCCAAGGUCGAGACCGAGCUUGUCCUGCGUAGAAGUGCCGAGGAUCGCCUUGCCGAGUGCCAGCGCAACCUUGGGAUGGCUGAGACCAAGAUCGAAGUUGAGAUUAUGAACAAGGGUGUGUUUGACCAGCGCAUACACGAUCUCGAGGAACGGUUGAAGCAGCAAGAGGAGAAGGUGGAGCAAGAGGCAUUGGCCAGGAGAACCGCUGAGGAUAGACUUGCCGAGAACCAACGUCUUCUGCGCAUCUCUUCAGAAGAAGAGACAAGACUCCGCGAGGUUCUGGAAGAGAAGGAGCAGAAGAUCAAAUCCAUCGAGGAGUCUAGAGGCAAGACGACGAUGCGCCUUGCUCUGCUUGAAGCGUCUCAGACAAACAGUCAGAAGUCUCAAGCUGAUAGCCAGAACAAGAUCAACGCUACUGAGACUGAGCUUCGCGAAGCCCGGCAGGAAGCACGAACUUGGAAGGCUGAGGCUGAGCGCGUUAACAACAUCGCAAGGCAGCAGGGUAGCGACCUGGCUCAAGUCAACGAACAGAACAAGCAUCUCAAGAAGAUCAUUGACACGCUUGGAACUCAAUUAGAGGAGAAUGAGCGCAUCCGUGAAAGCUGGAGGGGCAAGUUUGUUUCUCUGCAGAACGACAUGACGGAUGCUGCCGCCAAGAUCACGGAGGACAACGCUCUUCGUAUCAAGAAAGAGCAGGAGUUACUCGCCCGCCAGGAAGUCUUGGAUGCGAAGCUUCAAGCCGAAGCUAGAACCCGUGAGCGUCUGGAGAGUGAACUGGAGAGGCUGGAGGCUGGUGAGCGACAGGGCAUCAGGGCCGUAAACGAGUGUAAGAGACUCGACACCCUGCUCGCGGAGCUGAAGACAGAGAAUCAUCAACUCCAGCAGUCGUCUGUGCGGUACCAGAUCGAGUUCCAAGAGGCACGCGACUCUGCCGCACGUGAGGUCCAGCGCACCCGCGACGCCAUGCAGUCCCAGAUUGACCAGGCCAACCACGAGGUCAACGUGGUGCGUGAGGAGCUCGAGGACCAAGUCCAGCGUGUUCGCGCACAGUUGGAUCAGGUCAAGCUUGACGCAGAUACUUCCAAGGCCAAAUAUGAGAUGCUUCUUGAGGAUGCGCAAGCGACGCACAAGAACGAGAUGGAGGCGCUUGUUCGCAAGCACCAGGUCGAGAUCGAGGAUAUGCAAGAACGGCACGAGCGCGUCGUCAACAAUACUACGGAAGACGCGCAGCGCCUCGAACAAAACCUACUCGAGCGCCUCAGCAUCUCAACCUCCAAAUCCACGAACCUGCAGGAGCGAAUCCAGCAUCUUGAGGAGAGGCUCGAGAUCGCAAAAGAGGCUGCCGCUGCAGCGGCCCGGGCAGCCAAGCUGUCGCCCGUCGCCUUGGAGCACAGCCUUCAGUCACAACCUUUGGCCGUGCCCGCGGCGGCCCGCUCCACGGAUCUUCCCGAAAAGAUCUCGCCCCAGGCACUACGGGAGUCAAUCAUGGUGCUGCAGGAGCAACUGCAGGCUCGGGAGCAGACAAUCGAGGAGCUGGAGCACCAGAUUUCCAAGCUCGACCCGGAAGCAGAGACCAAGAUCACAAAGCGGGACGACGAAAUCGUCUGGCUCCGCGAGCUGCUUGCCGUACGUCAUUCCGACCUCCAAGACGUCAUCGCUGCGCUCGAUAGCGACGACUACGACCGAAACGCGGUCAAGGAUGCCGCCAUCCGGCUCAAGGCAAACCUGCAGAUGGAGGAGCAGGAGCGCGAGAGGGCGAUGAAUGGUGGGUCUGCAAUCAACCUGCCUAAUAUUGCUGCCUCACUUCGCGAUGCCGCCACACCCAGAGUUGCUCAGGCCGUCGGUCCCCUCGCGGCCGCCUGGGGCAAUUGGCGCAAGUCCCGCGAGCCGAGCAAUUCUUCCUCUUCCGCGGCGGUCCGUCCGGGACACAGGUCAACGCCUUCGAGGAACAACUCGACAUCGCAGAGCAAUCUUUUCUCUGGACUAAUGACGCCCCCGGCCUCGGGCCUGCGUCAAACACCGCAAAGCCAGCAGCAGCAACAUCAGCCCACGGCUUUUUCUAGUACGGGCCGUCGCAUGACUGCUCAGCAGCUGGCUAACCGGUCUAGAACCAUGUCAUCGUCGUCAUCGGCGUCGCGCACCGCCGACAACAAGAUGCUGGCCGCCCAGGGGACUCCUAGCAGGGGAGCUCCUAGGACGCCGCCGAUGAUGAGGCCCAGUUCGUACGAUGCCGAUGCUCAUGCUGAGGAAUUCGACGACGCUGGGUUCUAUGAUGAUGAAUAAUUGGGGUAUUAUCACCCGCCCACAUAUCUAACACUUUUCCUUUGUCAUGAUAUUUCACAACCAAAAUGGGGAGUCUCUAGCGAACCUUUUUUUGUGUUCUCGCUGUAUGAGGCAUGAUUGAGCGUCAAAGAGCAAGUUUGCGAGAGUUCGGUAGGGCAAGGAGGCGAGAGUCAUUUUAGAUUGAUACCCGGUUCUUUCUCCAUCCCUGACAUAAUGUUUUUACCAGAUCCAGAAGAUUGACUUAUAUACCCACCGGUAAAGGAGAUCUGGGCACUAAUCUUUUUUCCCCUCUUUUUUUUUCUUUGGUCAAUAUCCGGCGCAGAGUCAUUCUUGUUUUGCUGGAGAGUCGUUCUUUUGUUUUUAUCUGUUUUUCCUGUCACUCCUUUUAUAGGUUUUAGAUGUAUUGCUCUGCAUGCGUCAAUUCUUGUGCAUUUAUUUAGCUUCUUGAUACCAUCCUUGGGACUUACAUGAGGAUACGAUCCUUUUAUAUCAAUUCUUGCCAUUUAAUUUUUUUUUUUUCCGCACCCGACGCCCACUUGUGUAUCUAGUGCUCUUUGUUUGCAAGGUCAUGGUGAUCGCGAGUGGUGGCAUUGACAGUUUAUCAUUACAGUCGUGGUGUCUAUCCGCUAUAGAAUGUUACAAGGCCUAAUCAUAUACAAGAAAAAAUAGUAAAUUUACAUGCUUCAUGCCGUCAUCUCAUUGCAGCUCCUAGACAGGGCGUCGUGCUGAUCCUUCGAACAAACCCUUCCCUUGGUAAGCGCUAUACAUCUUUCGUCUGUCUACAUCAGGGGUAUCAAAAUGGCUGCGGAUCAGAUUUAUCUCCGAGGUUGAUCGGAGCCAAGCAGCCGGCGCUUGGGGUGUCGCUUUUUUUUUUUUUUUUUUUUUUUUUUUUUUUUUUUUUUUUUUUUUUUUUUUU